AGUAUAUUGUAAAAUUUAGUAUGGCAAAUUGUUCUUUGUAUGUUUCAUAGCUAUACAAUGCUAGCUGCUGAACAGAACUGAGAAGGGGCAUGCUUCUUGACCUAUUUAAAUAUCACCCUUUUCCCAUACACUUUGUAUGCCAAGUUUCUUGUGCACUCCCUAAAGGGGUAACAUUAUGACUUCAUAUGUUAUCUAUGGUCUUCAGGAUAAGGUAUCUUCUUAGAGCAUACUAAUUCAAGCGACUGGGGGGAGGGUGAUAACAGGUGUGAGGAAGGACAUUCUGAGAUACUACAGGUCAUAGAAAGCUCCUCAGUGGGCCAGGAGACUGACAUACAGUGACAGUAACAGAUGGAAAUAUCAACUAAGAGUCAAAUCUGUCUCUAACCUUUAGCACUGCUGAGCCAAAAUGCAUAUCACUUUGAAAUGGAUGAGGGGGGUAUAGGAAAGUACCAGUAGAGACUGAAGACCAGCUGUGCCUGCCUUCUGUACUUCAACACACUGGAGUCCAUCUGGAGUAUAUAAGCCAAAAGAGAGCAAGAACGGGUCCUUAAAGAAGAGAGAGACUGGAGAAGGCCUGUAGAAGACAUGGAGCCAAAAGCCAAGGUGAAAAGAGUCUCCAAAACAAAGCAAAGCAAAAGUGCAGAUGGCUGCUUCCAAAAUGGCGUGUUUUCCAAUGGAUUUUGCUCCAUGAAUGGUGCCAAGCUGCCUGUGGUCAGAGCCAUAGAUGAUGAUGAAGAGUAUGGAAAAAGGAAAACACAAGAUGCCAAUUUUGAGAAAGAGAUAUUGGUGACAUCUGCGAACAAUUCAGAGCUUUGUGUGACCCAGACCAUGAGAAGCCUUACAGUGGAUGAAUACGCAAAAGCCUUUAAGUCAUUCUUAGACCAUUCAACUGAGCACCAAUGCAUGGGCCAGUUCAAUAAGGAGGAGCUGCCAGGUAUAAUAGCCAGCCUUGGAAAUGGAAAAUCUACUAUCAAUGUGCUAGGUGUGGGAAGUGGCACAGGUGAGCAAGACUUGAAAAUGAUUAGGAUAAUUCAGGCUGUGCAUCCAGGAAUCUUUAUCAAAAAUGAAGUCAUAGAGCCCAACCCUCAACACAUUUUGGCGUAUAAAGAGGCUGUAAGAAAUUCAACUGACCUAAAGAAUGUCUCAUUCAGCUGGCACCAGUUGACAUCCAUGGAAUAUGAGAAGCAGGCAAAAGAGCAGAACAUUCAAAAGAAAUACGACUUCAUACACCUGAUCCAGAUGCUGUACCGUGUGGAGGACAUUGCAAGCACUAUCCGAUUUUUUCACAGCUGCCUAGAUUGUUAUGCUAAGCUUCUGAUUAUAAUCUUAUCAGGUAAGAGUGGGUGGGCCUCCAUAUGGAAAAAUUACAGACACUGUCUUCCCCCAACCGACAGCGGCCACUACAUCACAGCUGAUGACAUCAAAGUUGUCUUGGAAGGAAUGGGAGUUACAUACCAAGUAUACAAUUUCCCUUCUUAUUGGGAUAUAACUGAAUGCUUUAUUGAAGGAGAUACCACUGGAGGUCAAACAAUGGACUUUCUGACAGGAACUAAAGACUUUAUGAAUUCAGCACCCCAGGAUCUGAAGCAGAGUCUUCUACAGGCUUUGGGCCAGCCAGAAUGCAGCACCAAGAAGGAUGGAAGGGUUAUGUUUGGAAAUGAUUUGAGUAUGUUUGUCGUAAAUUCCUAAUGCCAGUCAAAAUAGUAGACACCAUUUUAGGUUGUGAAGAGAACUUGCUCAAUACUGGAGAAGAGAGGGGCACAAACAGGGGAAGCUUAUAAACAUUAAGAACUGGAAGCAAACGUAUUAGUGGAUCUUUUGUGAUUAAAAUGGUAUAUAUCUUGUUUAUCAUAGCAGGAGAUUGACAUUAGUUUUCAUGGAUACACACUGCCUCUGAGGCACAGGAAAGUGUUGCAACAUAGAGCGUGAUAAUUUGAGUAUAUCAGCAAACUUUAAAUUAUGUUCACAUAGCAGAAAACAGGUACGGGGGACUAAUAUUUAAUGUAUUGUAUAUAUUUAAGAAAGCUCAGUAGCCUAAUUGUGUACACAUUACAUGAUCCCUAGGUAUUUAGCCCAGCAAAUAUUCUGUCCUGUGGUGCAUUUCUCUCUUUAUUAUUUUGCAUCGUAAUAUGAAUUUUGGAUAAUAGGAGCUCCUUACAAUCAACAGUUAGAGGCCCUGAGGACUUUAGUACCUUUAAGAUUUGAGAAUUAUUCAACACUGGCACACCAUCAGCAUGAGUAUGUUUAUGUACAUCAGCCCCAAAGUAAUAUGGCAAGCCUGCCACUGUAAUUUUUGUACUUUCAUACUGUGUCCUUCCU